AUGAAUUGCAAUUACAACUGUGUGACACUCCAUAACUCCGCGCGAAUGCCGCAGCUUGGCUUGGGUGUUUGGCGGGCACAGGACGGAGCCGAGACGGCGAAUGCGGUCCGGUGGGCAAUUGAGGCAGGCUACCGCCACAUCGACACGGCAUGCAUCUACAACAACGAAAAGGGCGUGGGGCAGGGGAUCCGCGAAUCGGGAGUGCCCCGUGAGGAGGUGUGGGUAACAACAAAAGUAUGGAAUUCAGAUCAAGGAUACGAAAAGACGCUUGCGGCCUUUGAACGCAGCCGUGAGCUGCUCGGAUUGGAGUACAUUGAUCUCUACUUAAUUCACUGGCCGGGGAAGAAGAAGUUUGUUGACACAUGGAAAGCAUUGGAGAAGCUCUACGAGGAGAAGAAGGUGCGGGCCAUUGGCGUUUCCAACUUUGAGCCACACCACCUCACGGAGCUUUUUAAAAGCUGCAAAAUUCGGCCGAUGGUCAACCAAGUGGAGCUGCACCCGCUGUUCCAACAGCGUACUUUGCGGGAGUUCUGCAAGCAACACAACAUUGCCAUCACAGCCUGGUCUCCGCUUGGCAGCGGGGACCGGACGGGUUUUCUGAAGAAUCACGUGCUGGGGGAGAUUGCCAAGAAGCACAAUAAAUCCCCGGCGCAGGUUGUCAUCCGCUGGGACAUUCAGCACGGUAUCGUGACAAUUCCCAAGUCCACAAAUAAGGGGCGCAUUCAAGAAAACUUUAAUGUUUGGGACUUUAAACUUACGGAAGAGGAGAUGCGUCAAAUCGAUGAACUCAACGAGGAUAAACGCAUCGGCGGACACCCUGAUAAUUUUUUCCCUGGUGGAGAGGAGUGA